AACAACAAGAGGAAAUUCUCAAGAUGCCAUCUAUGAAGAGUCAGCGCCGAACACAGCUGUGUGGCAAGCAUAUAUGCGCUCAAGCUCCAAGACCGAUAUUCGCAUGGUGGGAGAAUGCAGGGAGAAUCUGGAUGUGUUUCUGGUUUUCGCCGGUCUUUUCUCCGCGGUCGUAACAACAUUCAUCGUAUAAACUUACCAGAGCUGGCAACCAGACUACACCCAGGCGUCGGUGAUGCUAUUAUUCGAACUGGUCUCCAUACAACGCACAUUUGCAAAUGGGACUCCCCUCGAUACGGUCCCCUUUUCGCCUUCCAACCUCUCCGCCAAAUUUAUUCCUUCCAGGGGCCACGUCUGGGUCAACGGGCUGCGGCUUACCAGCCUUGUACUUAGCUUUACUACUGCGCUUAUGGCCGUGCUAGUAAAGCAAUGGCUUCACCACUAUGCUGCCUUGCCGUCUGGAACGUCACGCGAGCGCAGUCACACUCGCCAAUUCCGCUAUGCAGGUUUUCAAAAGUGGCAAGUUUUCGUCAUGGUCGGACUCCUUCCAGUCGUCAUGCAUGCAGCUCUCGCUAUCUUCUUCCUUGGAUUAGUAGUAUUUCUCAUUCCCCUCCAGGUCUCCCUCUCUUGGAUUAUUGGUACGAUUACCGUUUUCGUCUAUGCUGCCUACAUCAUAUCGGCCAUCCUGCCGAUCUUCUUUUCCCAAUGCCCUUAUCGCACACCUCUCUCCGAUGUCGCAUAUCACCUCAUCGCCUCCUUUUUCAUGUUCAUGUCUUUACAGAAGUGGCCGCAGAAUUCUGCAAUGGCUCUAAGAGAUGCUGGAUCAGCUGCAGUGAGAGCUCAGUCAGACGAACUCCUGGUUGAUGCGCUGCAUUGGCUAUUAUCCGCGUCCUCAGAUCCCGGCAUCCAAGAUAUGGUCAUACAGUCCGUCGGUGGUCUGCCAAUGCCGUCCAAACCGAGGGUCGACCAGGUAUUCCAAGAAGUCAGCGACAUCUAAGAGUCGCAUAUGAUCCUUCUUCACACUUCGUUCGAGAGGUCAAGCGAUUGCAAAACUAUGACACCUCUUCCUGGCAUGGAGAUCCAAGUUGAACGGCUGCUCCGAUUUGAGCUAU